CCGAGGGUAAAUUUUCAGGAUUAGCCUGGAGUCAAGAUCAACUCCUGUCCUGCCCACACUACUACCUGCUGUCCCUGACCACAGUCAUCAUGCCUCGGGGACAAACGAGUAAGCUCCACACCUGUGAGAAACGCCACCAAGCCCAAGGUGGGAUCCAGCAUCAGAGCAGUGUUCAGACCACUGUAGCCAAGGAGAAAACCUUCCCCUCCUUGGCCCCUCCGCCCUUUGGUGUUCUUACUCACAGAAAACCUGCAGCUAGGUCAUGUAGCACUCUCAAGGGGUCUGAGAGAGCCCCAUCCACUAAGCCUACAGGCGUUUCUCCCACAAGAUCAUAUAAAGGAGCCAACCGCAAAACUGAGAAAAAGCCAAGUUCCUCCCAGGCCCCACUCACCAUUGUGCAGUCUCAAGGAGACACUUUAACCAGAGCAACAGGUAUUUUGGUGCAGUUCCUGAUGUAUAUGUACAAAAGGAAAAAGCCCAUCACGAAAGCCAAUAUGCUGAAGAUUGUCAAUAAAAAGUACAAAAAUCGCUUCCUUGAGAUCCUCAGAAGAGCCUCUUUCAACUUGGAAGUGGUUUUUGGUGUUGACUUAAAGGAAGUCGAUUCUACCAAGCAUUCCUAUAUCCUGGUCAGUAAAAUGGACCUCCCUAACAAUGGGACUAUAAGCCGUGGCAGAGGAUUUCCCAAGACCGGUCUUCUGAUGAAUCUCCUGGGUGUGAUCUUCAUGAAGGGCAACUGUGCCACCGAAGAGAACAUCUGGGAGUUCCUGAAUAAGAUGAGAGUCUUCGCAGGGAAGCGGCAUUUCAUAUUUGGGGAACCCAAGAAGCUCAUCACCCAGGAUUUGGUGAAGCUUAAGUACCUGGAGUACCGGCAGGUGCCCAACAGUGAUCCUGCACGCUACGAGUUCCUAUGGGGUCCCAGAGCCCACGCCGAGACCAGCAAGAUGAAAGUGCUAGAGUUUUGGGCCAAGAUUAAUCAUACCGUCCCCAGUGCCUUCCACUCCUGGUAUGAAGAGGCUCUGCGAGAUGAGGAAGAACGAGUCAAAGCCAUGGUUACACGACAGGCCGAGACAGGUGCCACGGCCAGUGAAUGUUCCAGGGAAUGUCUAGCAGCACCUCCCACACCUAAUGAAGUUGAGGCAGGUUCUUCAUAUUGUGGCUGAAGGGAGCAGUCAGUGUUCUAAGUAGUAGAAGGCAAGGUGUGAC